CAUAUUCUGGUUACGAAAUUGUUUACAAAUGGUGUUAGUCUUUAUCCUUAUUCAUGCUGAUCUCAAGUACCUGCAAGGUAUCCUAGGAGAUGCAUGAUUCACCCAUGAACCACAGGCAACAGAAUUAAAAUAUCCAUAGAUAGUGACAGAUAAACUUUCUGUAUGGUUUAAGAAAAGUAGGACUUGGUAUGACGAUCAGUCAGAAGCCUUUGGCAUUUGAAUAUUCUUUUAAAACGAAGAAUACAAAAUAUAUGAAUAGCUGUCUCUGGAAAUUACCAUAUUCUUUUUAAGUCAACUGUUGCCAAAAUUUCUUGGAAAUGGCAAAAUGCAGAAUGUUCUUCUUGUGGAGCAAUGAUAUGACCUUGUUUCUGCAGAUGGAGAAGAUAGUUAUUUACCAUUACCAUUGACUCAGAGUCAGAGACAAGCUUAUUUAUUCUCAAUAUAGCAAAAAAAAAAAACUCUGUUCCAUUAACAAAUGGCUCAAGGACUGGAUCUGAUCUGGAUGGUGAUCUCUUUUCUUCUUCUGAUUCAUCCCUCAAGUCAGCAAGAAACCAGCUUCAUCUUCAACGGUUUUCGCCAGGGAGAUCUCCAAGUUGAUGGGGUCGCUCAGAUCCUUCCCAGUGGACUACUCCAGCUAACCAACACUUCAGAGCAAAAGAUGGGUCACGCUUUCUUCAAGCAUCCCUUGGAGUUCUUCAACUCAUCUGAUGAAUCCCACCUCUCCUUCUACACUCAUUUCGUGUGUGCGAUGGUGCUUAAACCGGGAAAAACCGGAGGGAACGGGAUAGCCUUCUUCCUAUCUCCCACCACGAAUCUCUCAGAGGCAGAUGCAACUCAGUACUUGGGCCUUUUCAACACCACAAGCAACGGAUCACCUUCGUCUCGCAUCUUCGCUGUCGAGCUUGAUACAGUCCAAAGCGCGGAGUUCGACGACAUCGAUAACAACCACGUUGGCGUCGACGUGAACAGCCUCAUGUCGAACGUCUCUGCUCCAGCUGCUUACUUUUCAGACAAACAAGGUCGGAGUAAAAGCAUCAAUCUCUUGAGUGGAGAUUCCAUCCAGGUCUGGGUGGACUACGAUGGAACCGUGCUAAACGUUUCACUUGCGCCUCUUAACGCUCAGAAGCCGAGCCGGAGUCUCAUCUCAACACCCCUCGAUCUCUCACAGGUUCUCCAGGGAAGAAUGUUUGUGGGAUUCUCUGCGGCAACAGGGCAGUUAGCAAACAACCAUUACAUACUCGGUUGGUCUUUCAGCAGAAGCAAACAGUCACUACAGAGCCUAGACAUCUCUAAACUCCCUAACGUCCCUCGUCCCAAGAAAAAACUCUCUACUCUGAUGAUUCUUCUCUUGAUCGUCCUCGGAAUCAUAAUCUUGCUGCUUCUCGGAGGAGCUUACCUCUACAGGAGAAACAAGUACGCGGAAGUAAGAGAGGAGUGGGAGAAAGAGUACGGUCCACACCGUUACUCUUACAAAACUAUCUACAAAGCAACGAGAGGUUUCCACAGAGACGGGUUUCUCGGCAAAGGAGGGUUCGGAGAAGUCUACAAAGGAACUCUCCCUCGGGAAGGAGACGUAGUAGCGGUGAAAAGAUUCUCACACCGCGACGGAGGAGGAGAGCGAGGGAUGAAGCAGUUCGUGGCGGAGAUCGCGAGCAUGGGGAGGUUAGACCACAGGAACUUAGUCCCGCUACUCGGGUACUGCAGGAGGAAGGGAGAGUUCUUUCUCGUCUCCGAGUACAUGCCUAAUGGAAGCCUAGACCGGUUCUUGUUUUAUAACCAAGAACCGGCGGCUCUUACUUGGUCGAAAAGGUUUUGGAUUGUUAAAGGAAUAGCGUCAGCGGUUUGUUACUUGCACAGAGAAGCGACGCAGGUGGUUCUCCACAGAGACAUCAAAGCUUCCAACGUGAUGCUGGACUCGGAGUUUAACGGGAAGCUGGGAGACUUCGGUAUGGCGAGGUACCACGAACACGGAGCUAACCCGACGACUACGGGAGCUGUGGGAACAGUGGGAUACAUGGCUCCCGAGCUGACUUCGAUGGGAGCUUCGACGAGAACCGACGUGUACGCGUUCGGAGCGUUCUUGCUCGAAGUGGCAUGCGGGAGGAGGCCCGUGGAGAUGACGGAGGCGGUGGAGAAGCAGUUUCUUGUGAGAUGGGUUUGUGAGUGCUGGAGGAAGAAGGAUAUGCUGGAGGCUCGAGAUGAGAAGCUGAGAGGUGGUGGUGAGGCGUUUGAGUCUAGGUCUGUGGAGUUGGUGAUGAAAGUGGGGCUGCUGUGCACGAAUCUAGUCCCGGAAGCGAGGCCGGAGAUGGAGAGAGUGGUGCAGUACCUUGAGGAGCUGGUUCCGUUGCCGGAUUUCUCUCCGGAUUCUCCGGGGAUUGGGGUGCUUAGUUCGGUCGUGGUGGGAGGAAGCUCGUCUGUGGUGGUGUCUGACGGUUCGGCGAGUGAGUCUAUGUUUAUUACUCACUCGAUCCAGUACGGAGUAGGACGUUGAGAUCUAAUAACAAACUUAAACUCAACGCUGAAGCCUUGUGUUCUUGUAAUUUGUUUUGUUUUCUCUUUUUUGCGAAGAUUUCUUUUUAUUUUGUCAUAAUUUGCUUGCAAAAGGAUAUA